AUGACAUCUUUAAACCAUCACAAUAACUUGUGCCUUGUCACCCUUCACUUCCCUCCUUCCACCGCUUGCCACUGCCCUGACCAUGUGCCGCUCAGGGAGCUUGGCAAGAAAUUUGGUAAAAUUCUGAACCUCAAAAAUACCUCAAAUAACAACACUAAUAACAUCCUUAAUAACCUCUGUUCCGGCCUCGAAAAAUUCCUAGGCUUCAACUCUGAGACUAAAGGCUACGACGGCACUGGGAUUGUGUACUCUGACUUGGAUAGGCUGUGUGACGGGGUGAUGGGAUUUUUGUAUUAUGUGCUUAAGGAUGUCAGCGAGAAACAGCCUUACAGUGUGGGUAAAUCAAUACUAAAAGAGUUUGUUGAGACCGAAUUAAAGCCUAAAUUAUCCACCGGGCGUGAGGGUUUUAAGGUCAUUGAGCAGUUGGCGGGGAAAGUGCGGGAGUAUAAUGAUAAAGUAAAAACAUCGAAUGACUAUGUCAAAAACAAAAUUAAAGAGAUGCAUAAUCACGUUGACAAGACUUUAACAGAUAAGUUAAGAUCCAUAUUACUUAAUGAUGAUUCAGAUCUGCGGAAGGCAUUGACACAACAGCAAGUUCAGAAGGUGGAGCAAGCUGUGACGGAAGCCGAGCGAUUAGUCAAGGACUACGCUACAAAAGGUACGGAUUUCAUAAACGGUUUUCGUGAAAAGAAAGUGUUCAGUUACCGAAAGGGUACGACGUACGAAUAUAGAGACGAAUUUAAGGACUUGAAUCCUGACGUACAACAGAAAAUUAAUAAUGCUAUACAAAACAUUUCAUAUGAAGCUACACGGCUUGGUGCACUCUCUGCCAAGGAACAGAACCACCUAGAGCAGAUGACAGCGACGAUCAAAGAUACGUUUAGUUCGCUUAACAGGUGCGUGAAUGAUAAAAUUGGCACAGACGUUACUGCGCUUGUUAGUAACAUUGUGAAGCAAGUUGACGGAAUUUUGAAAUCGCUUCAGGCCAUUGAUAAGGAGCUGUGGAAGCAUGUUAAUGAGUUAGGAAAAUGGAUUAACACUGCGGAUGAAAUUGUGAGAGAUGGCAUAAAUAGGGCUAAUGGAAUUGAAAACAAAGGUGUUGGAUCUGUUAAUAAGGACAACAUUGAUAAUGUCGUAAAGAACAUCAAUACCGUGUUCUACGGGGCGAAAGAUUUUGUCAAGCAGAAUGUGGAAGAGGCAAUUAAGGCAGUGGCAAAAAUGGAUGAAGAGCUGAAGAAAGAUUUGUUUACGGUUAAGACGCAAAUCGAAAAAUCUAUCGAUUUGAUUAAUGUGAGCAUUGCGGCGUUAGGGGGUAAGUUUAGCGAAAUAACCGAUCGUAAUAAAAUUUCCGGGAUCAUAGGUCAUAUUGAGAAGCAGGUUGCUAAGGUUGCGGGGAGCGGCUUAAGAAGCGAAAGCGGUCUUGGAGCCAUCAAACAUAUACUGAUUGCGUUCAUCUGGAGGUAUAAAAGUGAGAAGUUUGCAGCUAAAAUGAACGAGUUGGUUGGUGAAAUUAUGAGGACGGAUCCAGUGAAGGGGCAUUUAAAGCAGUAUGUUAGCAGUAACAAGGGGCAAUGGAAUACAUAUUUUAAGCCUGAUACAACUGCGGAUUCAAUAACGCUGAAGGUUCAAGAAGAAAUAAUGAAGGAAAUUACGAAGGUGAUUACGGAGCCAGAAUUAACGGGUGACAGCGUUGAGUCGCACUUGAAUGUCCUAAAUCAGAAUAUGCUAACAUUUUCGCAGAAACUUCAGAAUGGCAUGUUGAGCAGCAUAACGGCAAUUGUCGACGCUGUCAAGAAUCAUCAAAAUUUUAAGGAACCAGGUUCUACUGGACAGCAUAUUAAACACAAUCUCCAGGACGCCGUGACCUCCACGUUCAGACAACUUGCUGCUGAAGUCAACAAAUCUGCUAAUAUGAUGAAUGCACUGCUAUUGGAGCCCCGGUUUCCAACCAACCAGAAAUCCAGCGUAGCAGCCUACCUGGACGAUGCGCUUGGGGUGGCCUCAACUCUUCACACGAAUCUAAAAAAUGCGCUCAAUGAUCGCACCGAAAGUACGAAAUCUGCCGACAAAGUCGACAAGGCGAUCGAGCAAGUCAAGAACACUCUCCGCGAGCAGCUGAGUGAAGAUACUGAAAAACCAAGUAGCCAUGUCAAGCUUCCAACUUCCGGCGACAAAUUUCAAAAUUACAAUGGUUGCGUUGCCCAAGACGAUGCUACCCUCUCCGCCCUUGCGUCCGGUAACCUGAAUAAUAUAACUGAGUCAUCAGGUACACUUCCGAAUAAGAUUAAGGACAUUGAUACCCAUAGCCUUACGUAUUUCGAAGAAAAAUUAGGUGUCAAAAGGGAAGUAAAAAACCUAUCUAACGGUUACCUGAAAGAGAUCACGGAUAACCUCACACAGCUCAUGGAAGCAUUCUCAAAAGCAGGCAGAGCCGUUAACGCCGAGUUUAAGAAACUCCAAACGAAUAUCGGCCGUAAAGAACACGGCUCUACAGUUGAGGUUACAAAGGGCUCACUUCAAAAAAUUUACGACAAUUUGUCGAAUGUUCUUCGUGAUAAUGUUGCACGUGUCAUUCAAUCGGCCACCGAAUUUGUGAAACUAGAAGCUGACAAACUAAAACAGAAUUGCACUAAAUCACUCACACAACAUGUCAAUACCGAAUCUCAACAAGCAAUACACAAGCUCAUCACUCAAGCGAGAAAGCUGUGCAUAUCGUCAAUGAAGUCUUCCCUUGAACAAUUUUCGGGGAAGGUCACCGAGGAGCUGAAACCCCUGCCCACCCUCAUCGACACCGACAGGCAGCACGGCUUUAAGGGUUUCAUGCGGACGUUGCAAGGUAUAAUCGGAGAGAAUGGUGAGACUUCGGACGAGAAUAUUGAGAGACUCAAGGGUCUCGUAGGUCAGCUGUCGAGAAAUGUGAAUCAUAAGGAUGCGUUCAUAAAAUUGUCUGCAAACUUCAAGGACUUCUGCUCACCACUCCACGUCUACCUCAAAGCAGAGAUCAAACGCGUUCACGAAGCAAAUAACGAGAAAAUAAAUCCCAAGCCAUCCGGCGUGGAACAGCUGUACACCUCCAAACUCGACGCUGCGCAUACAGCGCUCAACAACCUACUCGAUCACAUUAAUACAAACAACCGCUACAAUCACGAAGUACCCGCCUUGCUUGACAGUCUCUCCACUAAAGUCGAUAGUCUCCACCCCAAGACCUUUAAUGACCCGAACACUCCCCUGCUUGACGGCGUUGGGAAAGGGCUGCGUGAGUUUGCGGCUGAACUUGGAAAGGCGUACAUCUCAGCGUACGACAGUGAGACGUUUGGUGCUGAGCUUGUCGAAAAAGAUAAAUUAACGCCGUAUGGAUCUAAGUUAAGUAAGGUCUGCUUGACCGUAGUUUCGACGUCAUACAAUGUGUUGAACACAGUGAGGAAGUACUCCGGUACCACGUGGAAGUCUGACAAGAUACAUCAAUCGACACCAAUUGGACAGUUCCUCGGCAACAACGGAUACGUCGUAUCCAAGGACAAACAAGACGGUCACUUGCGUCACGGAGCUGGUAUGCUAGGCUGGCAUGUUUACAAAAGCCUCGUUAAGAAUGACGAUAGCCGUGUCUACAGACAUCAUGAUGCUGAGAAAGACACUGGCCCACUUGAAAUGCUUCACGAGAUUCUUCAAACAUAUUACAGAAUCGGCCACAUCUCUACCUUCUCUGCCAAGAAACUGCCGUGUAGCAUAUUUGAAAUGUUGUGCUGGAUAGUUGGUCUUCCGUGCACCUCGGCUUAUGACGAAAUGUUACAUGACGCUGUCAGUGACUUAUUUGUCGAUCCUUCGAAGCGAGUCACAGUUGGAGAUUUAGACGCCGCAGUUGUCGGCGAUGAACCGGUAGCGUCAUAUCCGGAGGCGAUCGAAUUGGAACGUACACAGAGAGCAGUAAAACGCCUAUGUUCGAGAUCGUACGAUGUUCUUCUUGAAAUAGUGGGUUACGGAAACGCAUACACAACCUACGCCGUCGACUACUGCGACAACAGCCUACAACUAUCUUACCCUUCAGAUCCGUCACAGUGCCUGGAACUAUUGCUGGACAUCCUACGUAAAUUGUUACCGGUGUUCAGAUUCUUGCAUAGCCAAUGUAAGGUGACUGCCGAACAUCGCGGGUGGUCCGACUGUUGGUACGGUAAAGGCGUACAGUCAUCCAAAUCGCAGUGUAACGACCAUGCAAGCGAAAAAGCAACGUGCCAACCAAAUGACCAACCAAAAUGCCAGGCAAGGUGCCAAGCAAAUUGUCAUCCAACGUCGCCACUUCAGUCGUAUUUGUCAGAUUGCCUUACCGGCCACUUGCCUCACCAGGUAAGCAGCAUCGGUUGCAAGGCCAAAUGUGCGACGUGUCCAAAGGUUCUCCCCGGCCAACCUUGCCUGACGCCUCUCGGCUUCAGAGGGUUCUCCGGUAGUAUGAAGACAGGUAAAGACUUAUGCAAAGUGCUAACCAAAUUCUUCUUCGAUGUGCAAUAUUCAUCGUUGCUUUGCUUGAUGCCCAAACCGCCAUCUACGUUACCAGAACACUACCAGUUUGCGUUGACGUUAGGUAGUAUGCUGAAAAAUGGUAAAGGAGGCAGCACUGGUAUCGUUUGUACAGCGUUUAGAGCAUCAAUCGGAAGCGCAUCUAUUCGCCUCUACGAGAAUCCUAUUGAACUAACUAAUGCCUUCGGAGACGCUUACGGUAAUACGCAUAUUGAACAUAGUCACAGGACCGGAGAACCCAAGCACGCCCCGUUGUCCAGUUUAUCAAUGAACAACUCAUGUAUGCUUCCUAAGACCGACAAUAUUUACUGUGGUCCCUACCUUCAAUCUCUAUACCAGGAUACCUAUUAUUCCCUCGCCGAGAAGCAUUGUAACCUGUACUUGUCCUGGGCGAUAUACUUGCCGUGGCAAUUUUGGAAUUAUCUGAAAACCCUAUACGAUUCUUUCUGCAGUAUAUCCUGCCAGGACUGGGGCUGCAGUGGUUGCUUAAAAGGUGACAAAUGCAAGACGGGCAAACACGGAACGGACUACAACUGCAAAUGCUGGAGUGUCGUCAAAUGCCGCGGAGUGCAAAGCACUUUCUACAGUUACGGAUUCACAUUCGGCGACGCGAAGAAAUUGUUGGACGAAAAUGAACUGAGGUAUUGCCACGAUUUCUGCAAACAACUUGAGAAUAUUCUCAAUUCACAAUUUUUCAAAGACCUCCUCCAAAAGUGCGACGAAUUCAUAUUCACCAUCAGGCAGCCCUUCAUCUGGCUUAACGUCGCACUCUGGUCACUCUCCCUCUUCUACCUCAUCUGCGUCAUGGUUGGCAGACUGGAUGUGCUCCACAUAAAAUCGCAUUUACGAUCACCAUCAUCGCACAAGAUAACGGCGCAGUCAUUGUUGGCAGCAGCGCAAGUCGGAAGGCUUGCCAAGAUAUCGUAUCUACGACCGUAA